GCUCUGGCGCUGCCAUCAGCGGAACGGGGGCACUGUCUGCCUUGGCAGCUCCUCACAGCUUUCCCCGGGCCGCGGCAACAGUCACCGCCCCUCCCCUGCUGCGGCGAGAGCGGCCACAGCGCGGACAGGGCCCCUGCGAGGGGCGGCCAGACACUCAGCGGGACUUCUGGGGGGCGACCCGCAGGCAGGGCCCCGCCCAGGGCCGGGCGGCUCCUGGAGGUCUGUCCGCCAGCCGCUAUCCCAGAGUGCUUUGUGCCUUUUAGCGGCGGGCCGCCCGCUGCGUCGCUAUAGUGAGACACGGGCCCUGCCUGUGACCGCCGACGGCAGCGCCUCCCCGUGAGCAGAGCCGGGCUCCGCAGGGAGCAGGAGCGUGCGCGCCGGAGCCGCCGGCUUGGGAAAGAGGCGGCAGCAGGAGCGGCUGGGACGAGAAAGACAAAAGUAGGAAGUGUGAAUAUCCCAAAAUGAUUAGAGUUCAUCAAGAAGGUGCAGAUGCUAUAAUCUGUGGACUGUACGCCAAAUUUGCUAUUGAAAAUGACUGAAGAUUAAAAGGACAAUGGGCUGCGUGUAUCCUGAUGGCAUCUUGUGUACAGUGACAAGUUACUUGCUAUGGCAUCUGAGACUGAAAAGGCUCAUGCUCUUCUCCAAACUUUCAGCACAGCUUCAGUUAUUUCCAGUUUAGGAUUGGGAAUAUUCUGCUUCAUAGCAGACCGACUUCUGCAGUUCUCUUUCAUUCAGCAACACGACUGGCUCCGAGCUCUCUCUGAUAAUGCAGUGCAUGGUGUGGUGGGAAUAUGGUCCUGGGUGAUAGUGAUUGGGCUCAGGAAGAAGAGUGACUUUAGUGAAGUCAUUUUAGCUGGUUUCCUCUCUUCUGUCAUUGAUGUGGACCAUUUUUUUCUAGCUCGCUCCCUUUCAUUACAGGCUGCUCUGACUCUUCCACAAAGACCACUUCUUCAUUGUUCUACUGUGAUUCCUGUUGUGGCUGUGACAUUAAAGUUUAUUAUGCACCUUUUCAGGCUUAAGGACUCAUGGUGCUUUCUUCCCUGGAUGUUGUGUAUAUCCUGGACUUCUCACCAUGUCCGUGAUGGAAUUCGUCAUGGCCUCUGGAUCUGUCCAUUUGGAAAAACUGCUCCCUUGCCAUACUGGUUUUAUGUGGCAAUCACAGCAUCUUUACCUCAUCUGUGUUCAUUUGUUAUGUAUUUAACAGGUACUGGAGAACUAAUGUCUAUAAAACAUGGAAUUCACAUUGAUGUCUAAGGAUGAUAGUCCUUGGAAGUCACUUGUUUUGAAGAUUAUAGUGAAGUUGAUCCCUGUGCAUUCCUCAUGAUUUCUAAAUUAGGCAAUUUGAAGCCAUGGAGCCAUUUAUAAUUCCAGAAUUGAUUAUUUGUGGCUACAGAAAUCUGUUGUCUGAAUGAUGUUGAUGUAAUUUCCAGGCAUCCUCUUCAUGACAUCUGUAGUCUUCAAUGUCAGUUCUGUAAUAGCUAAUUAAUAUAUAAAAUUCAGUCAUUCCUAAAUAUUUAAAUUUCCUCCUCCUCCUAUUAACUCUGCUAUAGUAGUGCCAUUCCUCUGGUCACCCUCCACUUUGGGAAAUAUGUUCUCCUUUUGAGCACCCACUUUUUUUCCUAUAAUUAACAUUUGCACAGCAUUUUGAAGAUGCAAAGCACUACAAAAGUGCUAUUAGAAUUCAGUGCUGUAUAUCCCUUCUGAGAAAUAUCUAACAGCUGUUUUUUGUAACUUGUUAGUUUACCCCAUUUGAGUCUAACUUCUUGUACUCAAAUGGCUGGAAAAAUAAUGCUGUUUGUUUUUUCAGGAUGUGCUACUGAUUGACUUGGGAACACUUAACAGUGACUGCUAUUUAGUAAAAUGUAUUCCAAGCACUGCUCUUGCAUAGUUGCCUGAUACUCAAUUUCCAAAAACCUCUUAUCUGGGAUUUUUGUUUAGAAAAGAGAAAACAAUUAGUUUAGGAGUAUUGUGUCUGUGAAAUUACAGAAGGUUUGCAUUAUUUAAUACUAAUAAAUAUUAAUAAUUUUAUCUAAUAUUUAAACAAUUGUGUUAAAGGCUUAUUUGCUGCAGGAAAGUAUAAGCUUUAAAGAAUUUUCAGUUAAAUCCUAAGAAAAUUUAGAUGACUCCAGAAAUAUAGCUAUUGUAUUAAGAGUUUACUACUGUAUCUAUUACCUGUUACUGUGAAGCUUUUUUUAGCUGCAGCAGCUUCUACUAAAUAUAAUAUUGUUCCUCUACUUAAAAACAAAAGCACCUCAUUCUACUGAAAUGUUAUUUUAUGCUGGUAAAAUGCAACUUCGUGUGUGUGGCAAAUUCAUGAAAAUGGCAGGAAUGUGCACCAUGAGCUUAUUCAAAGUAACCCUUUUCAUUCUGUAGAAAUCUCUCAGAAAAUCCCCCAAAUAGAACUGUGUGUGUUAGGUUUUAGUGGGUAGCAUUAUAAGUUGUGAAAUAUUUGCAUCAACCUCUUCCUUAAAAACUCUUAAAACAACAAAUUCCAAUUUAUUUAUAGGUGUAAGGAGCCAGAUUCUUGGCUGGUGUAAGUUAGUGACUUCAGUAGAGCUAUGCCAGCUUACACCACCUGAAGAUCUAGCCUGAGAUGUUGUUUUUAUGGAAGAGAAACUGUAGAGUUGGAUUUGUUUAAAAUAAUCGGAACAAUCAGUAAAGAACAACUUCGGUAUCUUCUGCAUUUUAGAGCUCUCUAAAUUUACCUCUGCUAUUGCUGACUCAUGGGGGGCUGCAUAGACCUUCUGUGCUAUGCAGCUGUGCAUACUGCACCCCAUUCUGAAAAGUUACUUCCCGCCAAUCUUCUCUCAGAAGCAGAAGACUCAGCACCAGUUGAGUAUAAUAUGGUAAUUAGGCUUGUGAGAAGAAUGUUGAUGCAGUUAGUCUGCUUAGCAUGAAACCUAAAAGUCUUAAAGUGAGUACCCUCCUUGGAAAGAAAAUUUGAGGGAGCAGUAUGGCAUGAAAAGAGGAAGCUUCUUUAGAAGUGCUUUGCACAGCAUGUGAAUCUUUCCCUUUUAUGUGCAACAAAUGCUGCAAUGGACAGUGGGUAUCAAAGUCGGGGAAGUUGAGCUUCCGCAAACAGCCUUGCGUGGCCCUGCCCAGGCUCCACCUCCAGGUCCCCUCCUGCUUCCUGGCGCUGUGCUGCGGUGGGCUCUUCCCCUGUGGCCGGGGCCCCAGGCUGGAACUAAUGGGGGCUGUCCUGCAGCCUGGGACUCCACCUGGCGCUCCAGGCCUGGGGGGUGGGGCUGGGAGACGGU